GGUUAACUGAGCAGAAAGCCCAUCCCAUUCCCUAAUGAAGGCCGUUUGACAUCGAGAGCAGCACACCAAGCCCAGCCUCGUUGCCCAAGCUACCGUGUGAAAGCUCUACUCAACACAGACAGCUUAGCUUGCCCGGCUCCAGUGAUUGAGAUCCGAGAUCCGUCCCGCAAAUGAAACGCUGCCUCGCUGAACCUACCUGGGAGUGUCCCGGCUUUAAUCAGCCACAACGAAUCACCUUGUGGGGUGUAUGUUGUUGGGAACAAGACAAUCUAACAAUGCAAAGAAUCUGGACAUAUUGAAGUAUAGAUAGGGCUCGAUAAUUACCAAUCGAGGACUGACAGAACUUGGAACGGUAUGCUUUUAGAUAAUUAAUUAUCUGGAAAUACAAAAUUGCAGCAACAACACCGUUAAAAGUGAAUGUAGUUUAAAUCUCAAUAUUCUUUGGAUUUUAUUGAAAAGGAGACACUUUUGUAGAAAAAUAAAUACCGGUUCUUUUAAAUCGACAUAAUAAAAAAAAAAAAAAAAAAAAAAAAAAAACCUUAAUCAAAAGGUGUUAACGUAUUUGCAGGAUUGCAAUUUAUGUUUUGUACUCGAAUAUACAUUUUGAAACAAACAGCCUCAUUUGGAUAUUGUACAUUAGUGGUCUGUGGUACAUAUUUGCAAAGACCAAUUGAAAAUGCAGUUUCGAAGUGUUUUGGAUGCAAAAGUUGUGCAUGUGGAGAAGAGGAGAAACCCAUCCAAACAUUACGUCUACGUCAUCAAUGUGACAUAUUCAGAUUCAACCUCCCAUGCCAUCUACAGGAGAUAUAGCACAUUUUUUGACCUCCAGAUGCAGAUCCUGGAUAAAUUUCCGAUUGAGGGAGGUCAGAAGGACCCGAAGCAGCGAAUUAUUCCUUUUCUGCCAGGUAAAAUCCUGUUCCGGCGAAGCCACGUCAGAGAUGUUGCCAUAAAGAGGCUGAAGCCGAUUGAUGAAUACUGUAGGUCACUGGUGCGGCUCCCACCCCUCAUCUCCCAGAGCGAGUACGUGCUGCGAUUCUUCGAGACCCGGCCCGAUGAUCUCAACCCCCCGAAAGAGGACUAUGGUACCUCCAAACGGAAGUCAGUAUGGAUGUACAGGCUGUCAGAGAGUCCGAAGAAAGGGGCCCCAGGAGCCGACAACUCUGAUCCCAUGGUGCUGGAGCAGUAUGUGGUGGUGGCCAACUAUGAGAAGCAAGAGAAUUCUGAGAUCAACCUGCAAGCAGGGGAAGUUGUGGACGUGAUUGAGAAGAGCGAGAGUGGCUGGUGGUUUGUAAGCACAACUGAGGAGCAGGGCUGGGUCCCGGCCACAUACCUGGAUUCUCAGAAUGGAACUCGAGAUGACUUGGAGCUGAGUACUGCCAGGAGUGGAGAAGUCACUAAGAGACGCAAGGCUCACCAGAAGCGCCUGGACCGGCGGUGGACGCUGGGCGGGAUAGUCAACCGACAGCAGAGUCGAGAGGAGAAAUAUAUCACAGUGCUGCCGUACACCAGUCAGAGCAAGGAUGAGAUCGGGUUUGAGAAAGGGGUCACUGUGGAGGUCAUCCAGAGGAACCUGGAAGGGUGGUGGUAUAUCAGGCACCUUGGCAAAGAAGGUUGGGCUCCCGCGUCAUACCUGAAAAAGAUGAAGGAUGAUCUUUCCCCCCGGAAGAAGACUCUGACCGGCCCUGUGGAGAUCAUCGGGAACAUCAUGGAGAUCAGCAACCUCCUGAACAAGAAGCAGGUGAGCGAGAAGGAUGUGCAGACAGACACCGACACGGAGGAGCCCCAAGUCACCAAGAAGGAGAUCAGCCUCCCCAUCCCCUGCGAGGACACCAGCAGCAGCAUCGCCACCCUGCAGGACAAACAGGGCAGCAGGACUGUCCAGGGAUCCCCAGCUGUGGCCCGCAUUGCUCCUCAAAGAGCAGAGAUCAGUUCACCAAACCUAAGACAGAAGCCCCCACCAAGAAGAGAAGCCAGUCUGGGAUUCCAGUUACCAAAGCCACCAGAGCCCCCUACUGUUGAAGUAGAGUAUUACACCAUAGCUGAGUUCCAGUCCUGUAUAUCUGAUGGCAUCAGCUUCCGUGGAGGACAGAAGGCUGCAGUUAUAGAGAAGAACUCGGGCGGCUGGUGGUAUGUACAGAUUGGGGAAAAGGAAGGCUGGGCGCCCUGUUCCUAUAUUGACAAAAGAAAGAAACCCAACCUGAACAGGAGAACCAGCACUCUGACUAGGCCAACAAUCCCUCCCCCAGCUCCACCAAUCAAAAAGCAGGAACCUGAGGAAACCACCCCUUCCAGCAGCAACUCACAAGGCAAGGCCCCAGAUUCCCCAAAGAAGCCUUUGUAUGAGGAGCCAGAGUAUGACAUCCCUGCCAUUGGUUGUGAUCUAGAGCCUGAGCCUGGCUCUUUAAAGGGAGAUAAGCCAGCCGAGGUAAAGAAUGAAAAUGUGAUCUCUGGGAAGAGUUCCCUUCUGUCAUCCAAUCCCAGUCCUGCUUCCUCUCUCCAGAAAGCCAGAUUUAAGGUCGGUGAGUCCUAUGAGGAUGUUGCUCAGGAGGAGGAGACUAUCUACGAGAAUGAUGGCUUCAGACCUUAUGAAGACACAGCCUCCAGCAAAGAAUCCAGCGGGGAUUCGGAUUCUCAGAAAAGCAACUCGCUGUCCAUGCUCCGCAAGGCCUCCUCCACCAGAUCUUCACUUGGAAGUGGAAGAGCUGUGAACAACAUCCAGCCAGAGCUAGUAAGAAGCCAGUUGCUUCCCAAACAUGAGGAGAGCAAGCCUCGAACGGCUUCAGAUGCCAGCACCCGGGAAGCAGUGAAGACUGGGGCGAGGAAGGACGUGGAACAGAGGAUUGGUCAGAGCCCUUCCACCAAACCCAAGCCGCUGGUCAGACCCAAACCUCUGCUUGCCAAAUCGGAGAGUCAGGGAUCAGAAAAAAUGGAUAUUAGCACCCUGAGGCGUCAGCUACGCCAUACAGGGCAGCUCAAGCUCAAACCAUCUAAAGGUGAGGAUUCAGAAACUGCAUCAGUGAUCUCCUCAGAAGACUCUGUAUAUUCUAGAAGCACUUCUGACCUGUCAAGCACCUAUUCCAAAGAAAGCAGAGGUGACUCAGACUUUGAGCCCAUAUACAGAACCACUGACCGCUACGAUAAGGUGCAAGAGUCUGAAAUAAGCUUUGCUGCAGGAGUGGAGGUAGAGGUUGUGGACAAGCAGGAAAGUGGGUGGUGGUAUAUCCGGUGUGAAGAAGCUGAAGGAUGGGCUCCUGCAUACUUCUUGGAGCCUGUGAACAACAAAGCAGAUGCUGCAGGGUCAGAGUCCGAAGGUACUCCUACCAAACAGGGUAGCAUAAGUAAGUCCAACAGCCUGGAGAAAAACGAGAAGAGGGUUCAAGCCUUGAACAACAUCAAUCAAUGUAUGAAGAAGGCCACCCCACCCAUUCCAUCCAAACCACCAGGAGGUUUUUCCAAACCAACAGGCAUGGUGAAUGGUUCAGUCAAAAUGAGAAAUGGGUUUCGCCAGUUGGCAGUGAGGCCUCAAUCAGUGUUCGUUUCUGCUCCUGCCAAGGAAACCAACCCCCUUUCAUGGUCCCUGCGGAGAAACGAGUCCCUGAACUCCACCGAACAGCUCAGGUCUGGCGUGCCAGUCAGACGGAACUCCUCCUUCAGUGCCAUAAAGCAAACUGACAAGGUUGGCAUGGGCAGCACUGAUGCCCUGGGAAGAGCCUCUCAGAGAAAUGGGAUCCCGGUCUCCUCUGUCAAACCCAAGCCUGUUGAGAAGUGCCAGCUCAUACAGAACAAUCUCAAAGAUGUUUACGUUUCCAUUUCCGAUUACCAUGGAGAUGAGGAGACUAUGGGAUUCCCAGAAGGGACAUGUUUGGAAGUUCUGGAACGUAAUCCCAAUGGGUGGUGGUACUGCCAGGUCCUGGACAGUGGUGGAUAUCCCCAGAAAGGCUGGGUGCCUUCCAAUUAUUUAGAAAAAAAGAACUAACAGUGUAUCUAUUUAUACAUAACAUGUGCAUUUUUUAAAGACAUUUGAUUACACGACAUGGUAUAAGAAAAAGACACUUUUAGUGCUGGUUUACUAAAAAACAAUGUAUACAUUAAAACUGUAUAAAUGGUUAGUCAUAUAUUAUUAAUAAAAAAGGAUGGCAAGCAGGCUAAGGGGUGGCCACCCCAUUGUCUCAAACUGGGACUAGUGGAAUGGAAACCUGCUUGGAAGUCCUUUUUGAUUUUGGUAAUGGAAAAGAAAAAUAAUUGCAUUAUGAAAGAGGAGGUUUAUGAAAUCUUCCAACCUUGCUCAAAAAAUGAAUUUGGAUAUCAAAAUGGGUGCCUUUUUUGGAACAGAAGAAAACUGAGAGCUUUACACAUAUAUACUGAAUAAUUUUUUUGAUUUGUGCCAUAGGCCUUUGUGUGUUGAACACCGCCCAAUUUUCUUUUUCACCUCCCUUGUGUCAAGAAAAUAAUAUAAUCUCUCAACCAGAGGAAAUGAGUUUAGAAGCUUAAACAUCCAUGUAAAGAAAAUUUCAGACCUAAGCGCUGAGGACUUCUAAAACAAAAAGGGUAAAGGUGGCACAGUGGAAGCUAGGACACUCAACUCUAUGGAGACAUCUUGUAUUUUAAACUUUUGUUUGUAUCUUUCUUGACUUCCUUGGAGGUGUAUUUCUGAUCUAGUCUUGUGACACCACACUGCACUAUCAGCCUGUAAUUUGAAGUCAUUAGCCCUCUGGCAGGUUUUUGCUUUAAUGAAUUGGUAAAUAGUUUAAAUGGCUCAGGUUUCGACUGCUAAGCCCUUUUCUCCAGUGCAAAUGUAUGCGUUUCUUUUGACUUGAUUUUCAAUUAUUUGAAUGGCAUUAAUCUAUUCCCAGUUGCAACUGAAUGUGUUAUUUUUUUUAAAAAAAGGAACAUUUUAAAAAGCAAAUUGCUGAAUCUGCUUUUAAAAAAAGGACAAACAUUUAUUAAAUGUAUUAAUUAUUGCAAAACGUUUUAAAUGUUUCACUUUUUGUUCCAAUGCCAU